UCAACUAAAAGGAGACUCAGAAGCAGGGUCUGGUGGUGGGCAGCUGAUCAGGACGGACCUUCAGGAUGCAACAAAUGAGGUGUUUAGUGCCUCUUCUGGUCCUGGGGUUGACCUGGAGCCUUCCCAGUGGUCCAGCCAGCCCACAGGAGAACUUUGAAUUUGAGCAGUUUAUUGGGAGGUGGUAUGAAACAGCUGUAGCUUCUACCUGCCCUCAUUAUUCGCUGCGUAAGAAAGGAAAUCCUGUCAUUGUUGCACUGGAAAUAAAAAACGUCACUUCUGAGGGAAACUUCACAAUGUUAGCCUCCACCUUCAGGAACGGGUCGUGUGAAGAGACCUCCACUGUUUACAGUUUGACCAACACUCCAGGACGAUUCUUUCACCAUGUGGCAAGGUUCAAUGCAGACGUUGAUUCCUUCGUGGUUCACACUGAUUAUAAUGAAUAUGCGAUGAUCCUGCAGCUGAGCACAGAGGAACCAUCAGGAAUUAAAACCACCACAGUGAAGCUUUACAGUCGAACUCUGAGCGUGAGUGCUCCUGUUUUGAACCUGUAUAAAACUCUGGUUGGACAACAUGUGAGUGAAGACGCUGUUAUUAUGAAUCAGCACAAAGGCGACUGUGCUCCAGGUGAGCAAGCGAUGAAGCUCACUCCUCAUCCUCAGACUUUUGUUCCUGAGAGGUCAAAUUGAAACACAAAGCUUUUCACACAGACCUGCUGAGAGGACAGCAGACAUUUACCUCCAGUGUUUGUGUGUAUUUCUCACAGAGAAGGAGAUGACUUCUUUGAUUUUACACACCUAUAAUAAUUAAAAUCUACUAAAUGUGAAAAAAAGAA